AUGAAAGAAAAUCAGUUCACGUCGUCUUCUCCUGUUUGCCCAGGAGCAACAGGGAUUGAAGAUCGGCUGCAAGAUGGAGUGCCUGACACUAUUGCAGCGCUUCGAGAAGCUGGGAUACAGAUCUGGGUGCUGACAGGAGACAAACAGGAAACAGCAGUUAACAUUGCAUAUUCCUGUAAGCUCCUGGACCAAAGGGACACUGUCUUCACCAUUAACACAGAAAAUAAGGAAACUUGUGAAUCGCUCUUGAAUUUAACCUUGGAAGAAGUGAGGAAGAGCUAUGAGGUUGAAAAACCACAGAGGAAACUUUUUGGCUUUAUCCCAACAUCUUUACCAGUCUCUGAGACGCCCGGCCCUGAAUUUGGGCUGGUGAUCGAUGGAAGGACGCUGGACAUCAUCCUGCAGGGAGGUCUGGAGGAGCGGUUCCUGGAGCUGGCGCGGCUCUGCCGCUCGGUGCUGUGCUGCCGUUCCACCCCUCUGCAGAAGAGCAUUGUGGUCAAGCUGGUGCGGAGGCAGCUCAAAGUGAUGACCCUGUCCAUAGGUACCAGUCUUUGGAAUCUUACAGCAGAAAGAGGGAAGCGGGUUCUUUCCCUGUGAGUUAUGAAAAUGUAUGGAAUGUGUACACUGCGUGAGCUACUUCUAACUCCCCUUGGAUAGACGCAGUGGAAAACAAGUACUGAAUAGUCUUUCCUGACCAAUAAGCAUAUGGAAGUCCUCCUUUAGCUUCCAGUACAACCCCCAUUUGAACAAGAUGAAAGCACUCCGUGUUCCGUAACUCCCAGUAGUUCCCCUUCAAGCACAGCACUGCAAACAUAUGUACACAUUCCCCGUGGAAUCCACUCACCUAGGGAAGCAAAGCAGUCAGAAAUGGUUACUGUUUUGUGUUUUCACAAAGGCCUUUUCCUGUCAGAUUUUCCCAGCUGGUGAAAAUAGCAUUAUUCCCAGAGUAGCA